UCUGUGGCAUUUACCAUACUCAUACCUUUGGUUGGUUGGUUUUAUAAGGCUGGUCACCACAGUCCUAUCCUUGGGCAGAAAUUAUUCUCACUGCACCAUGGUGUUUGCUUUUACUCAAAUACUAAGUUUUCUGGCUCACUGUGUCUCUCUGUGUGUGACAGGCACACCUCCAUAGUUGUGCACAAGGAUGAGUUCUUCUUCGGCAGUGGUGGUAUCUCCAGCUGCCCCCCGGGAGGGACAUUGCUUGGGCCCCCAGACUCUGUGGUUGAUGUGGGGAGUACAGAAGUCACAGAAGAAAUCUUUCUGGAGUACCUGUCCUCCCUGGGGGAGUCCCUGUUCCGAGGUGAGGCCUACAACCUCUUCGAACACAACUGUAACACCUUCAGCAACGAAGUGGCACAGUUCCUGACUGGGCGGAAGAUUCCUUCUUACAUCACAGACCUGCCCUCUGAAGUUCUCUCCACGCCCUUUGGACAGGCACUUCGGCCCCUCCUGGACUCCAUUCAGAUCCAGCCUCCAGGAGGGAGCUCCGUGGGCAGACCCAAUGGCCAGAGCUAACAGGACUUCCUGGGACCGCCCUGCCUCACCAGGGCUUUUCCUUUUUAAACAAAACAAACCCUACCAGAUUUCUAUUUUAUAAUUUUACAUCAGAGCUAACAACCAAGGGACGGCUUUUUAAAUUUCCCAGGGAAGGAGACUGUCAGGCCGCAUGUAGAUAAUGCUGCUAAAAAACAGAACAAAAUGCCACCCCUUCUAAUGGUAUUAUACUAAUUUAUUAAGGCCGUCUUGUCUCUGAGUUCACUUGUGACGCUGUUUCCUAAGCGUCCUCCACACUGGAGAAAGGGAGGGGCUUUGUUUAAACAGAAAGCAAGAGGCACGGUUUGGGGGAGCCCCAACCUAGAACUCUUCCCAGAGAACACUCACGCUCUACCCAAGUCACCACCACUUGUGGGGCCCAGGUGAGUUUUAGAACAUCCAUGGCCUGGAAACAAUUACUCUAGCGUUAAAUGAACCAAAGGAUUUGGUGCACGUGGGACCAGUUUCAGGAUGACUAACCCAACCUAAGUGAACUCUUUAGCCACGACCCUCUUCACCUUCCCUCCCUUACCCCAAGCAAAGCCAGUGCUGGAGCAGCCGCUGCCUCAGGAUCAA